GAGCGCACCGCUGAAAUUCAAAUUUGAACAGAUGUUUGAGAGACGAAAAAGGGAAAGAGUGUCGAGAUCUGCGUGUGGAGUAACGACGGCUCACAAGCUGUCAUUGUCUAGCGAAUCGGUAUAGAUAAACAUAUAAUAGUUAAUACAGUUCUUUACUAGUUUCAACCCGGGAUAAACUGUCCCCAGAAUGGAUCCGUUUACUGAGAAACUCCUGGAGCGCACACGGGCCCGGAGAGAGAACCUGCAGAAGAAGAUUGCUGAGAGGCCCACUGCAGCCAACAGACCGAUGGCCAAGAGGGCCAGGGAGCCGCUGGCUGAGACCAACAAUAUGAUCAGCGAACCAGUCAUUGACAAAACCCCACACCCAUCCUCCAAGCCCUCUCCGUCAAAGCGAAGAUGCUCGGGGGAGAAUGGCCAGCCAGUUGUGGGGGAAGAGAACCGGGAGCCAGUCUCUGUCUGUCCUGUGGUCUCUGCCACAACAGACCCUCAGACGGACAGGAAGCCCCCUGUGGGUCCAGCCAGCGUGCGAUCUUCCACCUCUCUGGACAGGAAGGCUGUGCCUCCUACCACUGCCCAUGAGCCAGAGACCGUGGUACCACAACCACCUCCAGCUCAGACCCAUGUGGUACGUCCAGCCCCAGAGCCACAGAGGAUGGCUGCGAGUGCUGCUCCAGUACCCCAGGGGAGCAGGGAUGUGGACAUGACCCCCUCCAGCCCAGCUCUGCAGAGGACCAGGGAGGAGCCCAUGGAAGCCCCUACCCCGACCACAUCUGGCAUGAAGUCUCGCCUGCAGAGACUGGCCGAGCAGAGGCAUUACUGGGAUGCUGACGGUACCUCUGAGGUGGUCCCAGACUGUGCGUCUCUGUCACCUGUCAAGACUCAGAGAGAGGUGGCCCCGGCUCCUGUCCCCACAUCUUCAGGGCCCCCCCUGGGGAGGAAGGGCCGGCUGGCCAACCUCGCGGCCACCAUUGGUUCUUGGGAGGAUGACCUCAGUCACUCUACGCACAAAUCGCAGCCUGAAACCGUGCUAGCCCAGAGAGAUUCUGCUGCUAUCACCAAACCUAGAUAUGGUGGACAGCUAAGCAAUGCAGCAUCCAGCAAGCCCAAACCCAGCUCCAAUCAGCAGCCUAUCUACUCUCCAGUCAAGUCCAACCGAGUGGUUCUGCCAAGCCCUCAGAAGACUGUGGUCCCUGAGGCUAGGCCAGCUGUACAAACAAGCAGAGGGCUGCCCUCACCCGUGGCCAGUCCCCAGAAGAUAUACCCAUCCAGUCAGGGGAGAGCCCUCCCCUCCAGCCCUCAGAAGGUGAGCCCCUCGGUGGCGCCUGUAGCUCAGAGUCCCCUGAAGAACCAGGCUGUCUCCAGUGGCCCCAACUUCAGUCAGAGUCCCCAAAAGCCAGACCUCCCGAACAAGCCCACUCCCACUGUCCCCUCGGUCGUCCAGAGCAGAGAGAAGUUGGCCAAGGAGACCACCACCACCCCCCUGCAGCAGAAAACCCCAGCUGGAGGUCCAGGCGUCAAGUCAUUCCUGGAGCGCUUUGGGGAGAGGUACCAGGAGCGCACCAACCAGAACUCCCCUGCAGGUGGGGCAGCUCAGGCCAGGACCCCCGCCAUGCCCCUGCCUGUGACACCCAACACUAGGCUGGUCCAGGAGAGGCUGAGAGGUGCACAGGCCGCCAGCACCGCCACCGCUGAUCUCACUCAGAAGCAGAAACUGGAGCGCGAGUCUGAACUGGCACAGAUUCGCAACCGCUUCCAGAAAGGGAACAUGUGGAAAAGCAAGGACGAGGCGGCAGAUCCAAAGAAAACCACCAAAAUCGUGGAGGUGUUGGAGCAGCCUGAAGAGGUCAAGUCUGCUGAGGCUCAACUAGAGGAAGCAACAGUGCCACCUGCUGAAACCCUGAACUCUCCUGCGUCCAAGUCUCAUGUCCAUGCAGGCACCGCAGUGAUCCCCACACCUCCGGCCUCCAGCCCUCUGAAGAGAGUGGAGUUCUCACUGGAAAAGCCUGUUGAGGACGAGGCCCCAGAGAAACAAGAAGACGAGGUUGUGGUCAGGGAGAUUGAGAUGAACGUGGACCACUCCAUAAACUCUGCAGUCAUCAAUGAGCUGUUCGAUGGUGUGCUGGAGGAUAGCGACGAGCGCACCGGAGAGGAGGAGGAGGAGGGUGAGGAAGAGGAAGAUGCCCUGAACAUUUCCUCAAUGUCUCUUCUCACCCCCCUGGUCGAGGCCUCGCUGGUCAAGAGCCCGGAGAGGAGAAUGAUGACUUCCACCCCAGCCAGCUCAUUCAUUGAGAAGAGCAACACUCCAGAGAGUGUCUCCAGACAGAGCAAGUUCCAGAGGGCCCGCAUGCUCCGAGCUGGCUUGGACACCGUGGAGGGCUCAGACGAAGACCUCAAACUGCCCUACAGUAUUGACGCCUACAGAUCCACCAGGGUCAAGGAGACAGAGAGGCCCCAUGUGAAGCAGGUGAUCGUGAGGAAGGAGGACGUCUCCCUCCGACCUGAGGAUGCCAGGAGCGCCGGCAGCCAUGGCAACAUCAAGCAGAGGAUGAAGAUCCUGACCAAUGACAUGAACCUGCAGCAGACGGUGAUCCACCAGGCCAGCCAGGCCCUGAACUGCUGCACGGAUGAGGAGCAUGGAAAAGGCUCCCAGGUGGAGGCAGAGGCCGAGAGGCUGCUGCUGGUGGCCACGGAGAGGAGGGGGGCUCUGAAGGCCGAGCUGGACCGUCUGAAGGGAGAGGGUCCUGUAGGCCAGAGGAAGGGGGCCCCAGGGCCCUCUAAGGCCCAGUAUGACAUGGGGGUCCCGGCCUCAAAGGGCUCCAUCUCUCUGCUGGAGCUGAGACUGCCCCUUAAGGCUGACUUCGUCUGCUCCACAGCCAACAAGCCAGCAUCAGCCAGUCAUUACUUUUUCCUCAUGAUUCGGGCCGGAGCAGAGAACAUGGUGGCUACUCCGCUGGCCAGCACGCGCAGCGCUCUCAGCGGGGACGCGCUGACCUUCUCCACCAAGUUCACCAUGUCUGAUGUUUCCAAUGAUUUCGAAAUUGACAUUGAGGUCUAUUGCUUGGUGCAGAAGCGGGAACUCCACACUGACAAGAAAAAGAAACCCAGCAAGUCAAAGGAUCAUGUUUGUGUUCAGAUGAUCUGGAGACAAGUUCACAAGAGCCAUGAGUUGUGCAUUUCGGCCAUUACUCCGAAGAGAUUCCUCGCAAUUACUAAGAGUAGCCAGACUCCAGUCAUGGCCAGUCCUGGGGGUCCCAACGCAGUUCGCACCAGUAACUUUGCUCUGGUUGGAUCCCACAAACUAACUCUGGCCUCAAUCGGGAAAAACAAAUAUUCCUUGGAGAAGGUGCCUUUCCUGUGUCCCCUGGAAGGACAUAUCUACCUGAAGAUGCAGUGUGAGGUGGGCUCUAAGGUUGAGGAGAGGGGUUUCCUGACGAUGUUUGAGGAUGUCAGUGGGUUUGGAGCUUGGCAUAGGAGGUGGUGCGUCCUCUCAGGAUACUGCAUCUCCUACUGGACCUACCCAGACGACGAGAGACGCAAGCGCCCAAUCGGUCGCAUUAACUUGGCGAACUGCACCAGCAAAAAGGUGGAUCCUGCGAACCGAGAGUUCUGUGCUCGGCCAAACACGUUUGAGCUCAUCACCGUGCGGCCGCAGAGAGAGGAGGAUAAAGAGACCCUCGUCAGCCAGUGCAAGAACACCAUGUGUGUCACCACAAACUGGCUGAGUGCUGACACUAAAGAUGAGAGGAAUCUGUGGAUGCAGAAAUUGAACCAGGUCCUGGUUGACUUGCGCAUGUGGCAGCCAGAUUCCUGCUACAGCCCUGCAUGAGCAGCCCCACCUGGGCUGGAGGGCCAUCAUUGACUCUUCGUUGACUCUGCCCAUACGCCAGGCAUAAGAUUACUAAGUGCAAUACAAAAUGAAAGUUGUUGAAUAUUUUUACAGGUGGAAAAUCUAUAGCUUUAGUAAUCAGUCAUAAGUUAUAAGAAAUGUAGAGAAAUAUGAAUAAAGCCAUACUUUUAGUGACAUUUCAGUAUUUGGGAGGACUGGUGUUUUAACACCGUCCCCUAAACCCAUGUAUUUUACUUGGUCCAAAGUAUUUAGGAGGGACACUUACAUCUGAUAUUUUGUAACCUGUCUGGCUUGUGUCUUUUGUUAUUCCUACCGUUUAUGUUGCUAAAAAACAGAUGGUUUUACAAGAUCAGGGUUUUUUUUGUCAGACAAAAUAUUAUUCAGUUUGUAUAUUUUACAUGGUAUGUGCACAAACAACAAUUUAGAGUUUAGAUGUGAUGAGAAAGCGGCAACAUUUUCUGUGUGGAUGCUUGAUUUCUUGCAUGAUAGCACUGAACACUAGCUUGUAAUUUUACAUUAUUCACUGCAAUGCCCUUUUCUUUCUCAGACAAACUCCCUAGCUUUAGCUAAGCGGGUAUUUUGAUAAUAUGCUGUAUUUAUCAUGUUGGGAGUCAUGAAACAUAAUAUUAGGUUGUCCAUUAUACGACCAAGAGAUCUGCUUGUUUGUUCUAUGUAAUUGUCUUAUACUGUUUCAUAAGUGUGCCCAGGAAAAAGUUUUAAAUUGUUCAAGUUUACCUUAGUAGUUUUGGUAGGCCUAUGCAUUAUUGGAGGGUGUACAUGGCACUAUCCUAAAAUACAAAUGCUCAAGGCCAGGUUUCUAAUCACUUAAUAGGUAAGACUUGUCAGUACUAUUUUUAAGCAUAUGUCUAUAUCUACUUUUUGUGAUUUUACAUGUUUCCCGGUUUGAUGCAUAGAAAAGUAUAAACCUUUUUAAAGCGCAAAAUGCUCAGCAAAAUUAACGCUAGUCUGUUCCCAGAAGAAAAAACACUCCGAAUUUUCCUUGUUGGUCAUGUAUUGGUGCAAAGAUGAAACUUCAAUAAUAAAUGACAGCUUUAUCCUAACUGA